AUGGAGGUCUCCCUGAUCAACAGCGGCGACAUCGAGGCCGACGCCAUCCUGUCCAUUCGCGCUGGCUCCGUGCGCCGGCAGGCUCCAGUCAGCAGCGGACGCCCAUUCAGGUUCCCCAAGGCCCCCACGGGUGAGACACCGCUGAAGAUCGACAUCCUGAAGCAGGUCGGCAGCGCGUACCUCGUUCAGAAGCCUGGAGAGGACCAAUACAAGGUUGAGUUUAGCGGCGACUUCAAGGGAAAGUGCAUCGAGGUCGAGAUAAAGAAGACGGAAGAUGGUGCGGCCACCGCCGCGGUGGCGGCGGACGGCGAGGAGGAAGAGAAGGAGACGUCCAAGGGCGCCAAAGCAGCCAAGGACUACCUGGAGGGCCACCAGGUGCUCCAGUUCGUGCAGGCGGUGCUGCAGACUGUGAUCAAGGAGAAGCCCGCGGACCCGUUCGCCUACAUGGCCAAGCACUUCAUGAGCGGCUAUGGGCCCACGGACACCAAGACGCCCAAGAAGGCGCCCGCGGAGGCGCCCGCGGAGGCGGCUGCAGCAGCAGCGGCCCCAGAAGUUCCAGCCCCUGAAGACGCUCCCGCGGCUGCCCCGGCGGCUGCCCCGGCGGAGGCCCCGGCGGAGGCCCCUGCAGCCGCCACAGAGGCCCCGGCGGCCUUCUCCUCCUCGGGCCCAGUGGACAUCUCGUGCCUGACGCGCAUCGCGAAGGACGACCUCGGCCUUCUGCCGCAGCCCGCCGAGCCAAAGUUCAAGAUGGCGCUGGCCGAGAUCUACGUGCGCUCCGCCCCGUAUGGCGGCUCGGACAAGAGCUCCAACGGGCACCGCUACGACUCGAUCCCCUUUGCCAACGGCAUGAUCAAUUCUGGCAUGAGCUGCCAGCUGAUCCACUACGUCCACGACGAGCACGACAAGUUCUUCGAGGUUGCCAAGAAUUUCGACGCCAUCAUCGUGCGCUGCAACCCGGGCCAGAUCAAGGCGGACGGCGGCGACCAGGCAAAGUACGACAACGGCAUGCGCGAGCUGCGCAAGCUGGGCAAGCAGGUGUGGCCGUCGCCGGACGUGAUGGAGUUCAUGGGUGCGAAGGACGCGCUGUGCAAGGUGGCGACUAUGAACAUCGGCCUGGAGGACACCCUGGCGUACUACAGCGAGGAGUCGUUUGCCGAGGGCUUCAAGAAGACGAUGGCCUUCCAGCCCCGCGUGAUCAAGCAGAACCGUGGUUCCUCGGGCGAGGGCAUCUGGAUCAUCAAGCUGAAGUCGGGCAGCUACUGCAGCACAUACGGGGAGCGCUCUUGCGCCGACGACGAGGUGCUCGAAAUGAUGGAGGCCAACGACAACCACGCGGAGGAGCACACGGUGGGUGAGUUCAUCGAGUUCUGCGUGAACGGCCGCACGGAGAAGUCCGGGGAGUGGGCGAGCAAGGGAGUGGGCAAGUACCUCGAGGGUGGGAAGGAGGCGGGCGGGCAGCUGGUCGAUCAGCGGUUCUGCCCGCGGAUCGUGGAGGGCGAGCUGCGCUACAACAUGGUGGUGGACGUGCUGGUCGGAAUCAUCCACAAGAAGCCGAAGGAGGGCGGCAUCUCGGCUGUGGGCGGAACUGGCUCGAUAUACACGUUCUACGGGCCCGAGGAGCCGAAGUUCACGACCUUGACGGAGAAUUUCUUGAAGAAGGACCUCCCGCAAGUGAUGCCAGCCCUCGGGCUCGCCGACGAGCCGAUCCCGCUGUGGUGGACCACGGAUUUCAUCCUGGCGUCCGAAGAGGGCACUCCGGCGGAGCAGGAGAAGUGGAUCGUGGGCGAGUUCAACUGCUCCUGCGUGGGCAUCUCCAAGUGCCUAGCCGCUUACUGCAAGGACGACACGCCGAACGCUUGCUUCACCGACAUCGCAGCCGAGGACUUGGCGGAGGCGACGAGCAUGGGAGACCUGAUGGGAGUGAAGGCUCUCGGCCUCCUUGGUGGGCCGCCCGGCCCGGCAGCUCCUGCGGAGGCCCCUGCAGAGGCUGCCGCCCCGGCGGAGGCCCCGGCGGAGGCUCCCACGGCUGCCCCGGCGGAGGCCCCGGCGGAGGCCCCUGCAGCCGCCACAGAGGCCCCGGCGGCCUUCUCCUCCUCGGGCCCAGUGGACAUCUCGUGCCUGACGCGCAUCGCAAAGGACGACCUCGGCCUUCUGCCGCAGCCUGCCGAGCCAAAGUUCAAGAUGGCGCUGGCCGAGAUCUACGUGCGCUCCGCCCCGUAUGGCGGCUCGGACAAGAGCUCCAACGGGCACCGCUACGACUCGAUCCCCUUUGCCAACGGCAUGAUCAAUUCUGGCAUGAGCUGCCAGCUGAUCCACUACGUCCACGACGAGCACGACAAGUUCUUCGAGGUUGCCAAGAAUUUCGACGCCAUCAUCGUGCGCUGCAACCCGGGCCAGAUCAAGGCGGACGGCGGCGACCAGGCAAAAUACGACAACGGCAUGCGCGAGCUGCGCAAGCUGGGCAAGCAGGUAUGGCCGUCGCCGGACGUGAUGGAGUUCAUGGGUGCGAAGGACGCGCUGUGCAAGGUGGCGACUAUGAACAUCGGCCUGGAGGACACCCUGGCGUACUACAGCGAGGAGUCGUUUGCCGAGGGCUUCAAGAAGACGGAUGGCCUUCCAGCCCCGCGUGAUCAAGCGAACGUGGUUCCUUCGGGCCCGUACCGAUUGGACUAUCAAGCUGACUUCGGGCAGCAUGCCAAACACAUACGGGGGAGCGCUCUUGCGCCGACGACGGGUGCUCGCUAUGAUGGAGAGCCAAUCGACAACCACGCGGAGGAGCCACGGUGGGUGAGUUCAUCGAGUUCUGCGGUGAACGGACCGCAAGAGAAGUCACGGGGAGUGGGCGAGAAGGGAGUGGGCAAAGUUACCUCGAGGGAGGGGAAGGAGGCGGGCGGGCAGCUGGUCGAAACCAGCGGUUCUGCCGCGGAUUCGUGGAGGGCGAGAGCGCUACUAUCAUGGUGGUGGACGUGCUGGUCGGUAGCCACCACAGAAGCCGAAGGAGGGCGGCCCGGCAUCUCGGCUUUUGGCGGAACCGGCUCGAUAUACACGUUCUACGGGCCCGAGGAGCCGAAGUUCACGACCUUGACGGAGAAUUUCUUGAAGAAGGACCUCCCGCAAGUGAUGCCAGCCCUCGGGCUCGCCGACGAGCCGAUCCCGCUGUGGUGGACCACGGAUUUCAUCCUGGCGUCCGAAGAGGGCACUCCGGCGGAGCAGGAGAAGUGGAUCGUGGGCGAGUUCAACUGCUCCUGCGUGGGCAUCUCCAAGUGCCUAGCCGCUUACUGCAAGGACGACACGCCGAACGCUUGCUUCACCGACAUCGCAGCCGAGGACUUGGCGGAGGCGACGAGCAUGGGAGACCUGAUGGGAGUGAAGGCUCUCGGCCUCCUUGGUGGGCCGCCCGCCCCGGCAGCUCCUGCGGAGGCCCCUGCAGAGGCUGCCGCCCCGGCGGAGGCCCCGGCGGAGGCUCCCGCGGCUGCCCCGGCGGAGGCCCCGGCGGAGGCCCCUGCAGCCGCCACAGAGGCCCCGGCGGCCUUCUCCUCCUCGGGCCCGGUGGACAUCUCGUGCCUGACGCGCAUCGCGAAGGACGACCUCGGCCUUCUGCCGCAGCCUGCCGAGCCAAAGUUCAAGAUGGCGCUGGCCGAGAUCUACGUGCGCUCCGCCCCGUAUGGCGGCUCGGACAAGAGCUCCAACGGGCACCGCUACGACUCGAUCCCCUUUGCCAACGGCAUGAUCAAUUCUGGCAUGAGCUGCCAGCUGAUCCACUACGUCCACGACGAGCACGACAAGUUCUUCGAGGUUGCCAAGAAUUUCGACGCCAUCAUCGUGCGCUGCAACCCGGGCCAGAUCAAGGCGGACGGCGGCGACCAGGCAAAAUACGACAACGGCAUGCGCGAGCUGCGCAAGCUGGGCAAGCAGGUAUGGCCGUCGCCGGACGUGAUGGAGUUCAUGGGUGCGAAGGACGCGCUGUGCAAGGUGGCGACUAUGAACAUCGGCCUGGAGGACACCCUGGCGUACUACAGCGAGGAGUCGUUUGCCGAGGGCUUCAAGAAGACGAUGGCCUUCCAGCCCCGCGUGAUCAAGCAGAACCGUGGUUCCUCGGGCGAGGGCAUCUGGAUCAUCAAGCUGAAGUCGGGCAGCUACUGCAGCACAUACGGGGAGCGCUCUUGCGCCGACGACGAGGUGCUCGAAAUGAUGGAGGCCAACGACAACCACGCGGAGGAGCACACGGUGGGUGAGUUCAUCGAGUUCUGCGUGAACGGCCGCACAGAGAAGUCCGGGGAGUGGGCGAGCAAGGGAGUGGGCAAGUACCUCGAGGGUGGGAAGGAGGCGGGCGGGCAGCUGGUCGAUCAGCGGUUCUGCCCGCGGAUCGUGGAGGGCGAGCUGCGCUACAACAUGGUGGUGGACGUGCUGGUCGGAAUCAUCCACAAGAAGCCGAAGGAGGGCGGCAUCUCGGCUGUGGGCGGAACCGGCUCGAUAUACACGUUCUACGGGCCCGAGGAGCCGAAGUUCACGACCUUGACGGAGAAUUUCUUGAAGAAGGACCUACCGCAAGUGAUGCCAGCCCUCGGGCUCGCCGACGAGCCGAUCCCGCUGUGGUGGACCACGGAUUUCAUCCUGGCGUCCGAAGAGGGCACUCCGGCGGAGCAGGAGAAGUGGAUCGUGGGCGAGUUCAACUGCUCCUGCGUGGGCAUCUCCAAGUGCCUAGCCGCUUACUGCAAGGACGACACGCCGAACGCUUGCUUCACCGACAUCGCAGCCGAGGACUUGGCGGAGGCGACGAGCAUGGGAGACCUGAUGGGAGUGAAGGCUCUCGGCCUCCUUGGUGGGCCGCCCGGCCCGGCAGCUCCUGCGGAGGCCCCUGCAGAGGCUGCCGCCCCGGCGGAGGCCCCGGCGGAGGCUCCCGCGGCUGCCCCGGCGGAGGCCCCGGCGGAGGCCCCUGCAGCCGCCACAGAGGCCCCGGCGGCCUUCUCCUCCUCGGGCCCGGUGGACAUCUCGUGCCUGACGCGCAUCGCGAAGGACGACCUCGGCCUUCUGCCGCAGCCUGCCGAGCCAAAGUUCAAGAUGGCGCUGGCCGAGAUCUACGUGCGCUCCGCCCCGUAUGGCGGCUCGGACAAGAGCUCCAACGGGCACCGCUACGACUCGAUCCCCUUUGCCAACGGCAUGAUCAAUUCUGGCAUGAGCUGCCAGCUGAUCCACUACGUCCACGACGAGCACGACAAGUUCUUCGAGGUUGCCAAGAAUUUCGACGCCAUCAUCGUGCGCUGCAACCCGGGCCAGAUCAAGGCGGACGGCGGCGACCAGGCAAAGUACGACAACGGCAUGCGCGAGCUGCGCAAGCUGGGCAAGCAGGUGUGGCCGUCGCCGGACGUGAUGGAGUUCAUGGGUGCGAAGGACGCGCUGUGCAAGGUGGCGACUAUGAACAUCGGCCUGGAGGACACCCUGGCGUACUACAGCGAGGAGUCGUUUGCCGAGGGCUUCAAGAAGACGAUGGCCUUCCAGCCCCGCGUGAUCAAGCAGAACCGUGGUUCCUCGGGCGAGGGCAUCUGGAUCAUCAAGCUGAAGUCGGGCAGCUACUGCAGCACAUACGGGGAGCGCUCUUGCGCCGACGACGAGGUGCUCGAAAUGAUGGAGGCCAACGACAACCACGCGGAGGAGCACACGGUGGGUGAGUUCAUCGAGUUCUGCGUGAACGGCCGCACGGAGAAGUCCGGGGAGUGGGCGAGCAAGGGAGUGGGCAAGUACCUCGAGGGUGGGAAGGAGGCGGGCGGGCAGCUGGUCGAUCAGCGGUUCUGCCCGCGGAUCGUGGAGGGCGAGCUGCGCUACAACAUGGUGGUGGACGUGCUGGUCGGAAUCAUCCACAAGAAGCCGAAGGAGGGCGGCAUCUCGGCUGUGGGCGGAACUGGCUCGAUAUACACGUUCUACGGGCCCGAGGAGCCGAAGUUCACGACCUUGACGGAGAAUUUCUUGAAGAAGGACCUCCCGCAAGUGAUGCCAGCCCUCGGGCUCGCCGACGAGCCGAUCCCGCUGUGGUGGACCACGGAUUUCAUCCUGGCGUCCGAAGAGGGCACUCCGGCGGAGCAGGAGAAGUGGAUCGUGGGCGAGUUCAACUGCUCCUGCGUGGGCAUCUCCAAGUGCCUAGCCGCUUACUGCAAGGACGACACGCCGAACGCUUGCUUCACCGACAUCGCAGCCGAGGACUUGGCGGAGGCGACUAGCAUGGGAGACCUGAUGGGAGUGAAGGCUCUCGGCCUCCUGGGUGGGCCGCCCGCCCCGGCAGCUCCUGCGGAGGCCCCUGCAGAGGCUGCCGCCCCGGCGGAGGCCCCGGCGGAGGCUCCCGCGGCUGCCCCGGCGGAGGCCCCGGCGGAGGCCCCUGCAGCCGCCACAGAGGCCCCGGCGGCCUUCUCCUCCUCGGGCCCAGUGGACAUCUCGUGCCUGACGCGCAUCGCGAAGGACGACCUCGGCCUUCUGCCGCAGCCCGCCGAGCCAAAGUUCAAGAUGGCGCUGGCCGAGAUCUACGUGCGCUCCGCCCCGUAUGGCGGCUCGGACAAGAGCUCCAACGGGCACCGCUACGACUCGAUCCCCUUUGCCAACGGCAUGAUCAAUUCUGGCAUGAGCUGCCAGCUGAUCCACUACGUCCACGACGAGCACGACAAGUUCUUCGAGGUUGCCAAGAAUUUCGACGCCAUCAUCGUGCGCUGCAACCCGGGCCAGAUCAAGGCGGACGGCGGCGACCAGGCAAAGUACGACAACGGCAUGCGCGAGCUGCGCAAGCUGGGCAAGCAGGUGUGGCCGUCGCCGGACGUGAUGGAGUUCAUGGGUGCGAAGGACGCGCUGUGCAAGGUGGCGACUAUGAACAUCGGCCUGGAGGACACCCUGGCGUACUACAGCGAGGAGUCGUUUGCCGAGGGCUUCAAGAAGACGAUGGCCUUCCAGCCCCGCGUGAUCAAGCAGAACCGUGGUUCCUCGGGCGAGGGCAUCUGGAUCAUCAAGCUGAAGUCGGGCAGCUACUGCAGCACAUACGGGGAGCGCUCUUGCGCCGACGACGAGGUGCUCGAAAUGAUGGAGGCCAACGACAACCACGCGGAGGAGCACACGGUGGGUGAGUUCAUCGAGUUCUGCGUGAACGGCCGCACGGAGAAGUCCGGGGAGUGGGCGAGCAAGGGAGUGGGCAAGUACCUCGAGGGUGGGAAGGAGGCGGGCGGGCAGCUGGUCGAUCAGCGGUUCUGCCCGCGGAUCGUGGAGGGCGAGCUGCGCUACAACAUGGUGGUGGACGUGCUGGUCGGAAUCAUCCACAAGAAGCCGAAGGAGGGCGGCAUCUCGGCUGUGGGCGGAACCGGCUCGAUAUACACGUUCUACGGGCCCGAGGAGCCGAAGUUCACGACCUUGACGGAGAAUUUCUUGAAGAAGGACCUCCCGCAAGUGAUGCCAGCCCUCGGGCUCGCCGACGAGCCGAUCCCGCUGUGGUGGACCACGGAUUUCAUCCUGGCGUCCGAAGAGGGCACUCCGGCGGAGCAGGAGAAGUGGAUCGUGGGCGAGUUCAACUGCUCCUGCGUGGGCAUCUCCAAGUGCCUAGCCGCUUACUGCAAGGAUGACACGCCGAACGCUUGCUUCACUGACAUCUCAGCAGAGGACAUGGCGGAGGCCAAGAGUAUGGGCGAUCUCAUGGGCGUGAAGGCCCUCGCCCUCCUUGGAGCGACCGCUUAG